AUGCGCACCGUAGCCGGCGCUGGCAAACGUUCGGACGAUGGCCAUUACCACCCUGAUUCGAGGUUUGAUGACGGUAGCUACCAUCCUAAUCCCAAGUUCGACGACGGCAAGUAUCACGUUGGUACCACCGGAGGCAAACGCUCGGACGACGGUCAAUACCACCCCAAUCCCAAGUUCGACGACGGCAAGUAUCACGUUGGUACCACCGGAGGCAAACGUUCAGAUGAUGGCCAUUACCACCCUGAUUCGAGGUUUGACGACGGUAGCUACCAUCCUAAUCCCAAGUUCGACAACGGCAAGUAUCACGUCAGUACCACCGGAGGCAAACGCUCGGACGACGGCCAAUACCACCGCGACUCGGAGUUUGACGAUGGGAGCUACCACCCUAAUCCCAAGUUCAACGACGGCAAGUAUCACGUCGGUACCACCGGAGGCAAACGCUCGGACGACGGCAUGUACCACCCCGAUUCGAAGAUGAAUGACGGUCAGUACCAUCCCGAUCCCAAGUUCGACGACGGCAAGUAUCACGUUGGUACCACCGGAGGCAAACGUUCAGACGAUGGCCAUUACCACCCUGAUUCGAGGUUUGAUGACGGUAGCUACCAUCCUAAUCCCAAGUUCGACAACGGCAAGUAUCACGUCAGUACCACCGGAGGCAAACGUUCGGACGACGGCAUGUACCACCCCGAUUCGAAGAUGAACGACGGUCAGUACCAUCCCGAUCCCAAGUUCGACGACGGCAAGUAUCACCCGGGGAAGCAUAAUGGGAGGAGGGGCUUCACGCAUCAGGACAAAGUGCGCGCGAUUAGGAGAAGAACCGUACAAUACUAG